AUGUCGACUGCUUCAUCUAAUGAUGAAUCUGACACAUUCAAAUAUUAUGCAUUUCAAAGCUUAGAUCUUACAGUUGCCAUCACCCAGCUUAGGCUCAAUUCCAGUUUAAGCUCUAGUUAUGACUUAAAUAACCAGGCAUCUGGG